AUGGCACUGAGUGGCGCGGCAUCCUUUGGAUGGCCACCACCAAGAGUAUGGGAAGAUGCCUAUGAGAAUAUUGCUCCUUGUGGAUCUGUCGAAGAUCCGGGUAGCAGAACAAACUUUACCCUCCAUCAAGGACAUGUGCUUAUUUUCACGCAAGCCAAGGCUUGGAACGUUAAGUUGGGUGUUUCAUACACUUCACAUCCCAACACGUUGGCCGACUUCCAACCCAUGAUGAAAUACGUAUGGAUGGACGAGGUCGACGCCGGCGUCACCUGCAUCAACGUCCCAGACGCUCCAAUGGCCGUCAAAGCCGGCACUAAAGCCACGCUGCAGCUCUCAUACAGGAGCCCCCAUGAGGUUUCUUCCGAUAACAUCACAUUAUACACAUGUGCCGACAUCACCUACGUUCAUCCUGCCGACGUCCCCUAUCAAACCCCGUGUUUCAAUACAACACUACCAAAGGAUCACUUCGUGACUCUUCCGCCCGGGCCCAGGUUCUCUCCCCUGAAGUUCCCGAUAGCGGAAAACGUAACCAUCACGCCGGACACGACAGGUCACGAAUUUCCCAAGUGGGCGAUUCCUCUGGCUGGCGUCGCAGGCGCUUUUGUUGCGACCCUUUUCGUGUUCUUGGUGUUUAAAUGUUGUAUCAUACCACGACGACACCGACAAUUAAUGGAAAUCAUAAAACGGCGGACAAAUUAUAGGAUCUAA